UCUCUCUCUCUCUCUCUCUCUCUCUCUCACACACACACACACACACACACACAAACUUGGGAUUUUUGGUUUGGAAAUAAUCACCAACCAGACCAAUAUUAGUUACAUCCUCUAUUGACUACAAACAUCUUUCAUAAAAAUACUCAAGAGACAAUGACCAGUACUACAAACAUGCAAUAACCAACACUCUUCUCACUUAUAUAUCUCAUAGUCCAACCAUCACCUCCAAAUUAAACUCUCUCUAAGCCAUCCAAGAAAGCACAACAGCAAAAAAAAAAAUGGCACCUUCACUUCACUACUCAAGAUCAUCACCUCCAUUGCUGCAACUCAUGCUUUUGGUUUUCUCCAUCUUUUGCAUCACCUUGCGUGCAACUGACCCUCCCUUGACCCUAGACUACUACUCAUCUACAUGCCCAACUGCUCUUGAGAUUGUGAGGAAAGAGAUGGAGUGUGCAGUGCUCUCUGAUCCCCGAAACGCCGCCUUGAUCCUUCGUUUACACUUCCAUGAUUGCUUUGUUCAGGGUUGUGAUGGCUCAGUUUUGUUAGAUGACACAAUUACACUACUAGGAGAGAAGAAAGCCCCCAUUAACAUACAUGCCUUGAAAGGGUUCAGAAUCAUUGAUAGGAUCAAGAACAAGCUCGAAUCAGAGUGCCCCGGUAUAGUCUCUUGUGCCGAUAUCCUCACAGUUGCUGCAAGAGAUGCUGUUAUUCUGGUUGGUGGACCUUAUUGGGAUGUUCCUCUAGGAAGAAAGGACUCUAAAUCUGCAGGCUACGCCCUUGUCGGCCAAAAUCUUCCCACUUCAGAUGAAAGCCUUCUCUCUAUCAUUUCCAAGUUUCUUUAUCAAGGUCUCUCUGUCACUGAUAUGGUAGCUCUUUCUGGGGCACACACAAUUGGCAUGGCGCGGUGUGUGAAUUUCCGGGAAAGAAUCUAUGGAGAUUUCGGAGCAACUUCAGGGUUGAAUCCACUUUCCGGGACACAUCUGAGCAACUUGAAAGCUAUUUGUCCAGCUGCAGGAGGAGACAACAACGAAACAGCCAUGGACUACGUCACACCUAACCUUUUCGACAACUCUUUCUACCAUCUACUUUUGAAUGGGGAGGGAUUACUGGACUCUGAUCAAGGACUGUACUCCAGUGUGCUUGGAAUCGAGACGAAGCAGCUUGUGCAGAAGUAUGCAGAGAGUGCCGUUGCUUUCUUUGAGCAGUUCUCUGAGUCAAUGGUGAAAAUGGGAAACAUUACAAAUCCAGACACUUUUGUUGAUGGUGAGGUUAGGAAGAGUUGCAGAUUUGUGAACACAUGAAGAGUCUGCAAUUUGUUAUACCAAGAAGUGGAAAUUAAACCACAGAUUAUGUGUGUGACAUUGUUAUUGAAAAGAAAAUUGAUGUCUCUCUUUGAUUCAUUUGUAAUAGAUAUAUAAAAAUGUCUAAUUAAAGAUGUG